UUUAUCCUUUUGACAAAAAAAGUAAGAAUAGAUUGAGCGUAAUAAUAUUAAAUUCAGCGUCAUAAAAGGUAAUAAUAAAUUGAGAAGCACGGUGCAGACCGGGUUAAAUUGAAACAUAAUUAGGGCGAACCGGUUUGUGAAUUGUAACGCGUUUGUGUGCAGACAGUGGCAGCAAUGGCGGAGGAACGAGUUGAGUUGAAGAUUUACAAUUCCUUGACUCAGCAGAAAGACAUUUUCAAAACCAUAGAACCUGGCAAGGUUUCUAUGUAUGUUUGUGGAGUCACUGCCUAUGACUACAGUCAUCUCGGUCACGCACGUGCCGCCGUUUCUUUUGAUAUCCUCUACAGGUACCUUAAACAUUUGGGAUAUGAGGUAACAUAUGUGCGGAAUUUCACUGAUGUUGAUGAUAAGAUAAUUAAGCGGGCAAAUGAGACUGGUGAGGAUCCUAUUUCGUUAAGCAACCGUUUUUGCGAUGAAUAUAAUGUUGAUAUGUCUGAUCUUAUGUGUGAGAGACCAUCUAAGGAGCCCCGUGUUUCUGAUCACAUUGGCGAGAUAAAGGACAUGAUAACCCAGAUUAUCAACAAUGACUAUGCAUACGAGGUUAACGGAGAUGUUUUCUAUUCUGUUGAAAAAUGCCCAAAUUACGGCAUACUGUCUGGGCAAAGGCUAGAACAUAAUAGAGCUGGUGAACGUGUUGCUAUCGACUCAAGAAAGCGUCACCCAGCUGAUUUUGCAUUGUGGAAGGCUGCUAAGCCAGGUGAGCCCAGCUGGGACAGUCCUUGGGGUCCUGGGAGGCCUGGAUGGCACAUUGAAUGCAGUGCAAUGAGUGCUUGUUAUUUAUCUCAUAAAUUCGAUAUUCAUGGUGGUGGAAUUGAUUUGAUCUUUCCUCAUCAUGAAAAUGAGAUUGCACAAAGUUGGGCGGCACACAAAGAGAGCCAUAUCAGUUAUUGGUUGCACAACGGGCAUGUGACUAAUAACAAUGAGAAGAUGUCGAAGUCCUUGGGCAAUUUUUUCACCAUUCGCCAGAUCACUGAGCGUUACCAUCCAAUUGCGUUGAGACAUUUCUUGAUUAGUGCUCAUUACAGAUCUCCACUAAAUUACUCCAUUGCACAGCUCGAGACUUCGUCCGAUGCUGUUUAUUAUAUAUUUCAGACUCUUGAAGAUUGUAAAGAUGCUUUAUCAUCAUUCCUACAAGAGGACAUUGAGAAGAAAGAAAAGGCGCCUCAAAUUAAUGACGCUGCCAAGGAGUGUAUUAAGAAGUUGAAUGUCGAGUUUCAAACAAAAAUGUCAGAUGACUUGCAGACACCAGUAAUACUAACCGGUGCUCUCCAAGAGGCAUUGAAAUUUGUGAACAGUUCUUUGAAGAUGCUGAAGAAAAAGAUGCAGAAAAGAGCACAAUUGCAAUUGGUUCAAUCCCUAUUGGAAGUUGAGAAAGAAGUUAGAGAAGUUCUGAACGUAAUAGGAUUAUUGUCCUCUUUAUCCUAUGCUGAGGUUCUGCAGCAGUUGAAAGAUAAGGCGUUGAAGAGAGCAGGUUUGGUAGAAGAUGAAGUGCUAAAACUGAUCGAAGAGAGAAAGCAAGCUAGGAUUGAUAAGGAUUUUGCCAAGAGUGAUAACAUUAGAACUGAUUUAACUGCAAAGGGUAUUGCACUUAUGGAUGUCGGCAACGAAACAAUUUGGAGGCCAUGCAUCCCAACCGAACCACUUGUUGCACAAGCUGUUCAGGCAGACAACAAGGCACCUAAAGAGGCACCUAAAAAUGCACCUAAAGUAGACGAAAAACAGUCAACACCUGCAGUGAAUCAAAAGGUGGAGGAAAUACCCGCAGACCGGGAAGGGAAUGUGCCAAAUUCAUCAUCAACAUGAAGGUGGCAUCAAUAUCCCUCUCUAUAGCUAUGAUUAAUACAAAACUAUGUUAUAAUUUAUCGAUGCUACAACCCCAGGCUUCAAGAUUGUAUAUCAAUUUGAGGUUAUGAUCAAGAAGUGGGUUGGCGUAGGACUCAAAUUAUUUUACACUUUUUUUUUAGGUGCGUUUGUGGUCCUGUUUUCGGGGUUAGUUUUACUUACUGGUUGUGGCGAUUACAAGAAUAGAGCCUCAAAAAGAGGUUGACAAUUUUCUUUCAAAAAAUAUUUAAAGUUUUGGUCUGUACUCCUAGAAGCUCAAGCAUUAUUCUAGAAUCUAGAGUCUGAUUAUUCUUAUCCAGUUGUCUAUUUAUGAAUUUAUGAAUGUUAGUAUGAUUUCCAUCUA